CAAAAACUGUUUAUAGAUAUACCCGUCAGUCACUAGCUAACUUACACACGUGGAAAAAUAACCACACGCGUGCAGGGACUAGGCCAUAUGCAGUGAAAGGUUUUUGACCAAGCGUCUGAUAAUGUUGUGACGGAAUAAUUUGAGUGUGAAGGGUGAAAUCUCAGCUGAAGCCGUCUCGUCAGUCUAAGAUUCUGCUACACGUUAGCACUGCAAAGGGUAGUGGACCUCACUUACCAACAUGUUACGGCUGCAAAACCGCAUGUCGCAGCUGUGUACCACAGCAAGGUCACAGCUGCCGAGUGGUCCACAGGUCCCCAAAAACCAUGGCUAUAGGUUACCUAGCAACUUGCAGAGUUAUUCCACGACUGCAAAGGAUGUCCCGUCCACAAAGCAAGAACCGAUCAAAAAACUCCUCGUUGCCAAUAGAGGUGAAAUUGCAAUCCGAGUGUUCCGAGCAUGUACAGAGAUGAACAUUCGAACGGUUGCCAUCUACUCUGAACAGGACACAAUGCACAUGCACCGACAGAAGGCAGACGAGUCCUACUUGAUAGGGAAAGGUUUAGCUCCAGUACAGGCAUACCUCAAUAUACCUGAAAUUAUACAAAUAGCACAGGAGAACUCAGUGGAUGCUGUUCACCCUGGCUAUGGGUUUCUCUCUGAGAGGUCUGACUUUGCCCAGGCAUGUACAGACGCUGGCAUCCGGUUUGUUGGCCCCUCCCCAGAGGUUGUUAGGAAGAUGGGAGACAAAGUGGAGGCUAGGCAGGCUGCUAUAGAUGCAGGUGUGCAGGUAGUACCGGGUACUCCUGGGCCAGUGGCUUCUGCUGAGGAUGCUAAGGCCUUCUGUCAGGAGCAUGGACUACCAGUCAUCUUUAAAGCUGCUUAUGGUGGUGGAGGCAGAGGGAUGAGGGUUGUGAAGGAUAUGAAGGAUGUGAAGGAAAACUUUCAGCGAGCAACCUCAGAGGCUCUUUCUGCUUUCGGUAAUGGUGCUCUCUUCCUGGAGAAAUUUAUAGAAAGACCAAGGCAUAUUGAGGUCCAAAUUCUGGGUGAUAAGAUGGGUAACAUUGUGCACCUGUAUGAGAGAGACUGCUCUGUUCAGAGACGUCAUCAGAAGGUGGUAGAGAUUGCACCUGCCCCUCACCUGGCCUCUGAGAUCCGCCAUGCCAUGGCAGAAGAUGCUGUGCGACUGGCCCAACAUGUUGGCUAUGAGAACGCUGGCACUGUGGAGUUUCUCCUGGAUAAUACGGGGAAGUAUUACUUCAUUGAGGUGAAUGCUAGGCUACAGGUGGAACACACUGUCACGGAGCAGGUCACUGGUGUGGACUUGGUCCAGUCUCAGAUCAAGAUAGCAGAAGGGAAAUCUCUACAAGACCUGAACCUUGUCCAGGAUAGCAUUCUUCUCAACGGCUGUGCCAUACAGUGUAGAAUGACCACUGAGGACCCCGCCCGCAGUUUCCAGCCAGACACGGGCAGAAUUGAGGUGUUUCGUAGUGGAGAAGGUAUGGGCAUCCGGCUGGACAGCGCUCUGGCCUACGCUGGAGCUAUUAUCUCCCCUUAUUACGACUCUCUGCUGGUGAAAGUCAUCGCUCAUGCCAGAGACCAUCCGUCUGCCUGUGCUAAAAUGCUGCGCGCUCUGAGGGAAUUCAGAAUCAGGGGUGUGAAGACGAACACACCCUUCCUGCUAAAUGUACUUCAGCAUGAGCAGUUCCUGUCUGGCUGGGUGGACACCUACUUCAUCGAUGAACACCCACAGCUCUUCCGUCUAGAACCGUCUCAGAACCGCGCCCAGAAACUUCUUCAUUACCUGGGUCAGCUGAUGGUGAACGGACCCAUGACUCCACUAGCCACGGGACUCAAACCUGCACAGGUCACGCCUCUCAUCCCUAGUACACCUGUAGCUGCACCAUAUGGAAAGGCGGUACCUCAGCCAUCAGGCUGGAGAGAUGUACUUGUAAAAGAGGGUCCAGAGGGGUUUGCUAAGAAAGUACGCGAGCACAAGGGUCUGUUGCUAAUGGAUACAACGUUCAGAGAUGCCCACCAGUCCCUGCUGGCCACUCGGGUUCGCACCUACGACCUGAAAAAAGUCUCACCAUAUGUCUCUCAUAACUUCAGUAACCUGUUCAGUUUGGAGAAUUGGGGAGGUGCCACUUACGACGUAGCCUUAAGGUUUCUGCAUGAGUGUCCAUGGGAAAGAUUGAGUGAACUCCGCAAACUUGUGCCCAACAUUCCAUUCCAGAUGUUGCUACGAGGCGCGAAUGCUGUUGGUUACACAAAUUACCCUGAUAAUGUAGUGUCCAAAUUCUGUGACCUGGCAGUGAAGAAUGGCAUGGACAUAUUCCGUGUGUUUGAUUCCCUCAAUUACGUGCCGAACAUCGUCGUGGGCAUGGAUGCUGUCGGCAAUGCUGGUGGAGUCAUAGAGGCGUGUAUUUCCUACACGGGCGAUGUGUCGGAUCCGAGCAGAAAGAAGUACAACAUGGAGUAUUAUGUGAACCUGGCCGAUGAACUGGUCAAGGCUGGUACACACAUCCUGGGUAUCAAGGACAUGGCUGGGCUGCUGAAGCCACGUGCUGCUGAUCAACUGGUGCGCACGCUGCGUGACCGCCACCCUGAUAUCCCCAUCCACGUGCACACACACGACACAGCAGGGGCAGGCGUAGCCUCCAUGUUGGCAGCUGCGGAGGCUGGUGCAGAUGCUGUGGAUGUGGCAGUGGACUCUAUGUCCGGAAUGACAUCUCAGCCCAGCAUGGGGGCUGUAGUGGCUGCUCUGGCUAACACAGAGCAUGAUACAGGUAUAAAACUGGAGGAUGUCUCUCGCUACUCGUCAUACUGGGAGCAGGCACGUCAGCUGUAUGCCCCCUUUGAAUGCUGUGUGACAAUGAAGAGCGGAAACGCUGAUGUCUACCUGCAUGAAAUUCCAGGUGGACAGUACACAAACCUCCAGUUCCAAGCCUUUAGCCUGGGCCUGGCUGAGCAGUUUGAGGAAGUGAAGAAGAUGUACGCAGAGGCUAAUCAGCUGCUGGGAGAUCUUGUCAAGGUCACUCCCUCAUCAAAGGUUGUGGGCGACCUGGCACAGUUCAUGGUCCAGAAUAAGCUGAAUGCCAAAACCCUCGAGCAGAAAGCAGAAGAGUUAUCUUUCCCUUCAUCUGUCAUUGAAUUCUUCCAAGGUUAUUUGGGACAACCACCUGGUGGAUUCCCAGAACCUCUACGCACAAAGAUUCUCAAGGGAGCUCAGAGGGUGGAAGGACGGCCUGGUGCCUCCAUGGAGCCAUUUGACUUUGACAAGUUGCAAUCUGAGAUGGUGGAGAGACACGGCCAGAGUGUGAUCCGCGAGGAGGAUGUGAUGAGUGCUGCCCUCUACCCCAAGGUCACUGAGGACUACAUCAAUUUCCGGGACGCCUAUGGGCCCGUGAACACCCUCAACACCCGCCUCUUCCUGGUGGGGCCCAGCAUGGCAGAGGAGUUUGAUGUUGAAAUUGAGAAGGGAAAGACCCUGCAUAUUAAAACACUGGCUGUGGGAGACCUGAAUAAGAAUGGCCAACGGGAGGUAUUUUUUGAGUUGAAUGGACAGCUCAGAUCUGUGUUCAUCCUGGACAAAGAGGCAACAAAGGAGAUGCAUUUCCACCCGAAGGCAGCAAAGGGCGUGAAAGGAUCCCUUGGGGCCCCUAUGCCCGGUACAGUGGUGGACGUCAGGGUGAAGGUCGGUGACACAGUGGAGAAGGGCGCACCCAUCAUUGUGCUUAGUGCUAUGAAGAUGGAGAUGGUUGUUAACGCACCCAUUUCUGGGAAGAUAAAAAAUGUGGCAGUGUCAGAUGGGCUGAAGGUGGAUGGAGAUGACCUCCUAGUGGAGAUUGAGUGAACAGCACACCCUGUGAUUGGAUAAAUAUUAUGUAGCAUCAGGUAGCUGACAGUGUCUGUGUGUUCAUGCAGCUGGUUAAUUACUGGGUCAUGUGUAAAGAAGCCACCGAUGAUUCAGACAAGUUAGUGAUUAUGAGAACUGUAAUAAUUACAUGAAUCACCUUUGUCCUGUUUUCACCUGUACAAAUAAUCCUGACUGUUAAGCUUCAUGCUGUAUAGUCAUCAUCUGUGUACUGUAUCCAUCUAUCUGGAAUAUACUUGAAGGUACAUGUAUAUAUACCUGAAGGCAAUCUGUCAGCCUUUGUUAGGUCAGUCAUGUCAGUAUUCUAAAUAUGAACGUGGGAUUGCUCUUGAUUGGUCAGUUUGUAUUAUGUUCAGGCAAUCUCACAAACCACACAUUAUGUUGUUGUUCAUGUUCUUCACACGAUGUUUAGAGCUUUUAGCUAAAUCUGGCCCAAUUCUUCCACCCUUGUUGUGUAUGGUUUGUACUGAGUCAUGUAGAGUUUGUAGUGAGUCGUGUAGGGUUUGUAGUGAGUCGUGUAGGGUAUGUAGUGAGUCAUCUGUUGAAAUUCCUGUCUGGAAAGGUGCAUAUAACUCAAUCAAAAUAUUGACUGGCAUUGAUUUUUUUGUAAAGAUAAUUCAUGGUGUACAUUUAUUGAAGAAAAAUAAUCUGCCUUGAUCAUGAAAUGUGACACAUGGUUUUUUUGACAUAUCGCAAUGUGAAUUGAAGUGUCUGAACCAACAGUCAUAUCUACACAUAUUUUAUGGGUUUCUCUGAAGAACUAUAUGUUGUAUUGUAUAUAUUUAUGGAUUAGGAUGAUUCUAGAAAAACGAAGGUCAGUAUAAAUGUAUAUGUUAUGUUGAUAUGAGUUUGAACUGUUGAACAAGCAUGCAAGUAUAUUGUCUCUACAUUAUAACCAUUAAUGUGUUUUCAACAAUAACUAUCAUAAUAUUGUCUGUGUUAUGGUUUUUUCUGUUGACAAUGCCUAAACAGGUGCUGCUGGAGUGCUGGUGUAUUGGUAUUGGGCAGUGAUGUUUUCAUAGUAAUGGGUUACUGUUUCUCGCACAGCCGAGACACUGGUCCAGAUCAAAUUUACCAAUAUUCUCUCGUUAAACAUAUAGUUUUUGCAGUACAUGAGUAGGAAGUUCUGUUACCAGCUUGCCAACAAAUCAUCACAGAGGCAAAAGUGAAGAGUAGGUCUCACAGCGUGGGCCUGAAUUACAUUACUUGUAAUCAUACUGCAGAAUUUGUCAAAAUUUGUCUUCUCUCUCAGAUAAGUGUCAGAGGUUUUAUUAAGACAUAAAUCUGUACAAGCAAAUUUUGCACCUCAUGUUAUUACUGACAAACAUUUUUUAUUGGUAUUGGAAUUCUGGUAUAACAGAGGGUUGUAUACAUGUAUGUAUAUUUUUAAAAAUGGUGAACUGGAACAUGAUCAUUGUUUGAAAGACGCUGGUUGUUUUCUGGAAUUUCAUUCUGCAUGUUCAUUUCCUAAAGCGUUCUGCCAUUGUGGUAGGUAAAUAAUCUGAGUACAAUGUAAACAUCCAUCAAGGAAAUAAAAAAUUGAAUUCUAUAUUGCAUUUGUUAUAUCAAGAAUGUUGCGUUAAUCUUUUGUAAUGCAUGAACUAUAGAAAUGGUUGCCACAGACUAGAAAUAAAUCAUUCAAACAAC